AUGUCUCCGAGUCAUUCCCUCAUUGGCAAGCCUGCGCCUCCCCUCACAUUGCCCAAUCACGAUGGUGAGACCUACACCUUGACCCCUGGUGCAAAUGGGGUGCCUAUUUCUCUAUUCUUUUACCCUGAAUCCGGGUCGUUCGGUUGCACCAAGGAAGCAUGCAAUUUCCGAGAUGCUCUUGCCGCCAAGGAACUCUAUAAAAGAACAAAGGUGGAAAUUGUUGGUGUGAGCAAGGACCCCGUUGAGAAACAGAAGGCUUUCGUGGAGAAGCAGAAGUUGACGUACCCUGUUCUGAGCGAUGCGAAUGGGGAGGCACGGAAGGCGUACCACGUAGGAAAGGGCCUCAUGGGUCUCACGGAUGCGCGCGUCACUUUCUUCAUCGACUCCAAGGGGAUCGUCCGACCGACCAUCAAUUACGGCGCGCAUGAGAAGUUCGUCACGAAGUGGCUCGAUAAGCUUGAUGCGGAGGAGAAGCAGAGCGAAGCAGCUCCUAUUCCAGCAUCUGCGGCUGAGGACGAAGCCACCGAAGCGCAGCCCACGGCUUGGUCUGGAAGCUUCGACACAUUCGAAAUGGAGGCGUUCCCGCGGAUCAACAUAGGUAGUGGUGGGAAAGGCUGA